CCAUGACGCAGACCCUGGAUCCCAACUGCUCCAACAGCUCAGAAGACUGGAACACCUUUUACUUCAACUCCUCAAGGGACCCCCAAUACCUCCAAUACCCACCCUACCACUACACCCAACAGAAUAUCACCUACGUGGACUUGUACCUCCACGAGCCCUUGGUGGCGGUAGUCUUCAUCGUGUCCUAUCUGCUGAUCUUCCUGGUCUGUAUGGUGGGGAAUGGUGUGGUGUGUUUCAUCGUGCUGCGGAGCAAGAAUAUGAGGACAGUCACCAACCUCUUCAUACUCAAUCUGGCUAUUAGUGAUUUGUUGGUUGGCAUAUUCUGUAUGCCCACUACCCUGGUGGACAACAUCAUAACAGGCUGGCCUUUUGGAAGUUUAGUGUGUAAGCUGAGUGGGAUGGUUCAAGGCAUAUCAGUGUCAGCUUCAGUCUUUACUCUGGUGGCAAUAGCUGUGGACAGGUUCCGCUGCAUCGUAUACCCCUUCAAGCAGAAGCUGACCAUCUCCACCUCCACGCUGAUCAUUGUCAUCAUCUGGGUCCUGGCUAUCUCCAUCAUGUGUCCUUCAGGGGUCAUGCUCCAGGUGACCAAAGAGCAGCGUGUCCUGAUCCUACUGGGGGACGGCUACAACAACACACGCCCAAUCUACUGGUGCCGUGAGAACUGGCCCAAUCAGGAAAUGAGGAAGAUCUACACCACCGUCCUAUUUGCUAACAUCUACCUAGCCCCACUUUCACUCAUCGUCAUCAUGUACGUCCGCAUUGGAUUAACCCUCUUCAAGAUGGCUGUACCCGCCUCAGGCCGGGGAAUCAGUAGUGGCAGCAGCGGUGGGACGAAGCCCGGCCUGGACAACCACCGUCAGACAGUGUCGAAGAAGAAGAAGAGAGUGAUCAAGAUGCUGCUGAUGGUGGCGUUGCUUUUCAUCCUGUCGUGGCUGCCGCUCUGGACGUUGAUGAUGCUGAGUGACUACGCCAGCCUGACAGCGAGCCAGCACCGUGUCAUCAACAUCUACGUGUACCCGCUGGCCCACUGGCUGGCCUUCUUCAACUCCUCCGUCAACCCCAUCAUCUAUGGCUUCUUCAACGAGAACUUCCGCCGGGGGUUCGAGGCCGCGUUUAAGUUCCAGCUGUGCGUCGCCUACAUGGAGCGCCAGAUGAUCUACUCGCGUCGUAUCCAAGGCAACGCAGUGUUACCUGAGAACCUGCAUCUGCCCACCAGGCCCGGCUCGGGGUCAGGAUUGGCUUUGGUGAACGGGAAGGGGCUGGGCCGGGAGGAAGUUGUAGGGCGGACGUCAGGUGAGAGGUCGUCGGGGAGCAACGUGAGGGAGCAUGAUCUGAUCAUGGAGGAUCUGGAGAAGGUAUCCCAGAUUUAAACAUGUCAUACAUACUGUAUGUGCCAUUGGGACAUGACAUUUAAACCAUGUGUACUGUAACACACAUACUGUAUUGUACAUGCCAUGGAGAUACAUUCAGAUAACCUGAUUGUAUCCCAUAUUUAAAAAUGACAGUUAAACAUUUGUACUGUUGCAUGAACUGUAAUACACAUACCUGUAAUAUACCUAUAUUGUGCAAUAGACAUUCACGACACAGGCGGUGGGUGUUCCAAAUGGCACCAUGUUCCCUAUACUGCACUUCUUUUUACCAGGGCCCAUUUGGGAUGCAGACGCUGUGAAGGUAUUCUAUCAGAGAGUUAAACCAACCACAUAGAGAGAGGCCCUUGAGGGUAAACUUGACUCUCUAGGAUAAAACUGAAAUAUGAUUCUUUCCCCACAGCACAAUAUCAUGAUGUGUUGGUUUAUUAUGUGAUUAGUUGCCCAUUCACAUCUUGGUAUAGCAUAAGCAUGUACAAUCCCAGUAACAAAAUUACAUCGAAAACACAUCGAAAAUACGUUUUUUUCCAGACGUUGAAGUUACGUUAAUUUUAGGUUCUGAAUGAAAGAUGAAAAUACGUAUUUUCUGUGUGUUAAAAAUACGUAUGUUUCAAGCAUUGAAAAUACGUAUUUUUUGGACAUUGAAAACAUGUAUUUUCUGGACUUUGAAAUCAUUCUAAUUUUCUAUUAUGAAGGAAAGCAGAAAAGACGUAUUUUCCAGACGUUGAAAUCAGGUACAUUUUUGGUUCUGAAUGAAAGUUGAAAAUACUUAAAUUAUGGACGUUGAAAGUACAUAUUUUUUGGCCAUUGAGAGACACUGAUUGUGGAGUACAGGGAAGAUGAUUACUAGGGAAUUAUUUUCUUGCUUUCCUGAUUUUUACAUUUACAAGAAUUAAUUUGCCUUCUGCAAAAUAAAUGACUAAUGCAUAGUUAUCAGGGGUUGGAAUCGGUUCAGGGAACAGAGAAGAAAACUGAAAAAUAACGUCAUUUUCGAAGAACAGAAACGGAACCAGUUACGAAAGUGAUCUAUAGUGUUCUGGAACAUGACCAUUAUUUAAAAUCACUGGGAACUGGUUAUUAACGUUAUUUUACAUUCCGAGCAUUUUUUCUUCAGUCCCACAAAAAAUGACAUCAAAGCACCUAUGCAAAGCACUCACUCUGUCACUCAGAAACUUCUCCUUACAGUGUCUGUCUGCCUGCCAGCUAGUUUUCUAGGGUAGUUAAUGAUACUCUAGUUAUCACGUUUCACAUUGGAUUUAUUAUCAACAAAAAGUUUAGACGUGUUUUGAAUUCUGGUGUUGCUGCACACACAUACUUGUUAGCUAGCUCUGGUCCAGGGCGUUGAGCUAGCCUUGCUGUUGAGCCAAGUCUCGGAUGUUCACAGUUCCUCUAUAUUAACUCUUAAAACCUCCAUGUCAACCUCUCUCUCUCCACACCCUGCAAAAAUUUGAGUCGCAUCUUGCGCCCUACACUUGUCUGUCCAUUAAACCGGGCCAGCCUUAGGCAUAAGCCACAUAAGCGAACACUUAGGGUCCCGUGAACUUGGUAAGUUUGUCUAACCAGCUUUCGAAACUUGUAGUCAAAUUACCGACCGGUCACGGAGGACAUGUGCCCAGGGGCUCUGACCUCCAGGGGGCCCCAUUGAUUUUAUUAGUCACUCAGAUAUCAUAUUUCAGUGAAUAUGACCUAUAAUUACUUACAAUAUGAGUGAAAUAGUUUUACUUCCCAAAACAUUUUAAAGAAGUAUGUUAAAAAGCAGCUUUUCUGUGUUGGAAUGGUGUGAGCAUACAUCAACAUCAGUAUGGAGUGGAUGUAUACAGGUCAUUAAUAAUAUUCAUGCGAGUAGACCACUGAUUGGCCAGCUCAUCCUAAUCAGGAGUAUGACAUCAUAUAGCAAGCAUUUUAAAAAGUUUUGAGGUGGGGUUUUUGAAGUGUUUUUCUCCAAUUUAUGCUUUGGCCACAAAUAUAGGACAAGUCAUCAACAUUUCCUGGGUAUGAGUUAACAGAAUAUGAACUUAUAAAAGUGAGAUUUUCACUGGACAAUUACUUUAACAUGACAUAAGUCAUGGCAAAAUGUGUAGAAUGUCAGAAAAUGUGCUUUAAAAUUGCAAAAAUGUAUCACCACCCGAUUGCAAAAUGAGUAGAAUUGCAGUAUAUUAGUUAUAACAUUUCUAAAUCUUCUCUCCACCCCAUGGCAAAAUUUGUAGAAUUGCGGCAAGCUUGCUUUAAAACGGAAACAUUUUCUCUACACCCAAUGGAAAAAUGUGUAGAAUUGCAGGAUAUUAACUCCACAAAAUAUAUACUCUCCACUGUCAAGAUGGGGGCCCUCGAGGUGUGAGAUGAGGUGGGGGGUGGGGGUUAAAUGUCACAAGUUAAAAAAGGAACAUAAAGGGGCGAUAUAAACCGGUACUUUAUUCUGGUUCAAACCGGUUCAGAACUUUAUUAUGCUGGUCGGGACAGUGGAAAGGUAGAAAAAAAUGUUUGGUUCUGUUCAGAACGAAACGAUUGGAAAAUAACUUAGGUUCCAACCCCUGAUAGAUACACAAUUCUUUAUUAUGUUAUAUUAUAUGCCAAUCUGUAUGUGGGGAGAAGUCUGAUUGGAAACUACAACAUUAACUAUAGAAUCAAUUCUGAUUUCAGCAUCAUCUUGUAUUAUACUGCACUUUGAUAGUCUUAUCUUACAGAAAAAAAGACAUGAUUUAAUGUGUGGAAAAUCACAUGAUAUUUAUUUAUACAGUAAUUAUUAUUCAACAUGUCCUCACCUGAGAUUUGAACACAUCUG